CUAUUCUCUUUUUUAAAAAGCUAUCACCAAGAAGACCUGUGCCAACAAAUAUGAGUUCUUGGAGCACUUUAAAUAAAGGAGUAACUACUCUAAAAGAAGAUGCUGUUGAGUUACAAGUAGAAAAACUUCUUGGAAAAUAUCAAGAUACAUUAAAGCUUCACCAAAAAGGACAAAUUGAAGAAGCAAAGCUGAAAUACGAAGAACUUGUUGGACAUGAAUUGCUCAAGAAGGAAAUGAAGCCUACCAAGAAAAUGACGGGCAAUACAGACCGCGUUGAGGAAACACCGCUCUCAACACUUCGAUUUUUAGUUUUUAAAAAUUAUGCCUCGAUCCUUAAAGAUGAAUUCUUAGCAAAAAAUGACACAAGAACAGCCGAAAAGGCUUUAAAAAACUACCUUCAAGCAGCUAAAAUUGAUCCAACAGAACGUUCUCUUUGGUAUCAUAUUGGAUCACUUGCACAAGUAUUGAAAAAAUAUCGAUUUGCUCGAUUAGCUUAUGAAAUUGGAUUUUAUGUGGAUCAGAAUGAACGUAUUUUGAAACUGCCUUUAGUACAACUCACACAUGCUCAGAAAACGAUUUCAAGUAGCCAAUUUACGCCAAUGCAAUGGAAAUGUUUUGAAGGCCUUUGUCAAGUGUUAUAUGAGAUUGGAGAUUAUCAAUUAUGUACAUUUUAUGUGGAUUUCGUAUUGGAAAAGCAUAAAAAUUGGUCAACAGGCAUUCAUCUCAAAUCAAAAAUGAAUGGAGAGAUUGAAAGAGGCAAUAAUACAGAAAAAUCGAUGGAGAUUGACUCCAAUCAUCAGGUUUCAAUUGUGCUCGAGAAAUAUGAUUGGACGCUGCUUAUUCGUGCAUUAUUGAAAGAAUACAAGCAUCUUAUUUGCGAGCAGAACAAUACACGUAUUGAAGAUAGUGCAUUGAACAGACUUACAGGCACAAAAUAUGCCAAUCAUCAGAUUCAAAUCACCGUUGAAAAAGAAGAAGAAGAGCAAGCAACUUUAGAUGUGCAAAUGGAAGAAAACCAGAUAGUAGCAACACUGCCUUCUCAAUCAGGACCUGCUGAAUCUUUAGAAAUCAUACCCACUACUGUACCAAAUGAUUCAGCGACGACAGAAGCCAAUUUAGAGAAUGCGACUAACGACGAAAGUUCGAACAAGCGAAAAAGAGAAGAGGAUGAGGACGAUACCAACAUAAAACACCCUAGUGGAGACGAGCAGUCUGAAAAUGAUAAUGAAGAAGAUGAGGCAGAAGAAAAAAGACUUUCCUUAAGAACAUUCAAGCGCCAACGUGAUAAGAUUGCUAACGAAGAAACCUCACGUCUUAAGAUGCUUGAAGAAGAAAAGAUAUUUGAUAACAAGGUUCAAACGUUUUAUGAUCAAAUGAAGAUUGUGCCUGAUUUGUCUUAUCAAAAUGCAUGGCAAAAUACUACAGCAAGCAAACAGUUCUGGGAUUGGUUUGAUCUCAAAGUGACAGAACUUGACUCUAGUUAUUGCUGGGACAUUGAUAAUGCCUUUUCAACCAUCGGCUUGGAAUCAAGUAAAAAUACAAAGCGAGCAAAAAGCCUUGCGCUCUAUAUCCCAUCGUGUGCUGCAACAGAAGAAAAUCCUGAUUCGAAACUAACUGUCAAACACUAUAUUGCUCAACUCAAUCAAAACAAUUCGGGCAUUGUUGAUAGUUUGUGCAAAGCCAUGUACACUCUUAUUUACAAUGACUUGCAUGUCAAUGCUAAGGAAGAUCAACCACGUACUAAACUCAGCCAUGAUACAUUGAAUCUAGUGACAGAUACUAUUGCAUUACUUGAUCUGAACUUCGUAGAAUGUAUUUUAUCUAAUACAAUGCUAUCUAAAAAUGACAAGAUAGGGAUGAUUAUGAGAGUAGGUGAAUACUUUAUGGACCGUUUAAUUCGUAAAGAAAUGUCAGCUAUGGAGGAAAAUGUUUUGCAAUCACCGUAUAAUAACAACAAAAGAAAAGUGUCUACAUCAUUAUCAAAGCAAUCCAAGAUCAAAACGCUAGAAGCUAUAACUGACAAUACUGAAUUUUGGAUCGAAUUAUUUGAGCAACAGUCGUUUUCUCUCUCACUUGAAUUUUUUCAGCACGAAUUAGGCAGUAUUUUGUCAAAUGAUGAAAGAACAGCACAAGAAACGAUUAAUAGCCAAUUAACAGGACUACAAUUGCGAUACUGGUCUCUAAAGGGCAAAAUGGCACAAUGUAGAAAUGAUAUUGAAAACGCUUAUGCUUGCUUUUCUAAAUGCAAAUUACUUGUUGAGAGCUCUUCAAAACCUUUGAAGCUUGAUUUAGGAAGCAUGUAUGAUUCUAUCAUUGAUGUGGAAAGCAUUGAGAGAAAACUUGAGCUGCUGCAGGUUGGCAAAUUAUUUGCAACUGCGAAACAAAAAAUGAAUUCGGAUGAUUAUGUGGGUGUGAUUCAUGAUAUUGAAGAUAUUGUUAAAGCCAAAAUAGGCGUCUCAUUCGACGCGCUUCAAUUAUCAGAUGAAGAUGUUCAAAUGGCUAUCAUGUUGGCUAAAGCCUACUUCAAAAGUGACAAAUUUGCGGACGCUUGGAAUUGCUAUGUCUCUAUCUUUUGCUGUCUUUUGAAGCAAUUGAUUAGCUAUGGUUGCCAUCAAUUACAGAACAAUAACCGUCCUUGUAAAAAUGAUGAUACUGAAUUCCUCAAAAUGCUUGGACAAAUUAAUCACACCUUGGACGCAUUGGUUUUGUUAGUCUCAAAUGUUACUUUUCAAGACUGGUUACCAGCAAGACAUUACCAAGAAUUCUUGGAAAACCUGAACAAUUUGCUGAAAAUGUCAAUUUACUACAUGUUUAGACAUCCAGACUUUGUACCAUUUGUUAACAACUUUUCUUCACCUGAUGUUCCACCACAUACACCUUCUAAAAUCACUAAAUCAAAUAGCUUUAACGAAAUUAUAAUCAAAGGAUGGGUUCUUCAGUCGCAUUUGUUUCAACAAGCAUUCAAGAAGACAACAAAUGAAUCUAUCCGAGAAGUUAAACAUGCAUGGGCUGAACUGCUCCAUUCGUUGCAUGAUGAAUUAGGUGAACGAGAAGUGUGUGGUGUGGCCAAGAGCAUCUUUUUACAGCAUGUUAUGGAUACACUUGUGCAAGUAGACGAUGUCACUUUUAGAAGAGAAAUCUAUCAAUGCUAUCACUGUCUUUACGGCGUGCAUCUUGCUGCUGAAUCUGAUAUGAUUGAAGAGCAUUACUGUGCUCACAGCGAGUUAGAUAAGAAAGCUUCGGAGCCUCUUUUUGCGCUUGUUGCUGAUGCAUCUAUUGAAAAGCUCAAGAACGGCAUUUUGCUCAAGAACGAUCUAAAAGACGUUGUGGAGACUGUUUCUACGCUAUUUUCUGAUCUCCCUACGAGACACCCUCUCAUCAAGAACAAUCAAAGGGUUAUCGAUGAUUAUCUGAACAGUAGUAUUGAGUUUCGCUCAUCACUGGAUGUGAUGUUGCGCGACGCAAUUAUCCCUGCUAACCCGAUAGAUCCAUCCAAGACAAAUACAUCAGCUGUUUAUUACAAGAUAUUUUGGAUAAGAGGUAAAACAUUCCGUAUUCAGCUUAAGAGUAGAUCAAAGGCAACAAACGAAAAACUCGAGAAUGCCAUUGAAGAAUACAUGUCACAUCUUGUAUUGAACCCUAAUGAUGCUGAGGCUUGGCGUGAUGUAGCUUUAUGCUACCAAUACUUGGCUGAGAUUGAGCUUAAUUGGAGUGCCGCGAACAUCACAACUCAAAAGGAACUAUUGAAUGAAUAUCAACGGAAAUCAUUCCAUGCGUAUAUGCGUGCUCUAUACUUAGGCAACUUUCCACGUAAAGACGAGGCCAAGAACGAAUUCUUUUCCGAUUUUGGCAGUCUUUUAUGUUCAAUCGCAUCCCCUCCUAUGAAUAUGGAGCCAUUUAAAGGUGAUCCAUUGCAAACAUUGGGAAAGGACGGAAAACUAGUCGGGAAACAAAGCCCACUUCCGCCUGUUACAUCAGUAUAUAAGUUAUCACUAGUGUUCUUCAACCGGGCAUUACGAUAUAAGGCUCCGGAUCACUUAAGAUGGAGAUGCUAUUAUAUGACAGGCAAAUGUCUUGCUAAAAUCAGUAGACCACCAAAGGAAGUGUUGAGUUGGUACCUUAAAUCGGUUAGCUGUACGAAAUUCAAGAACGAACGCAAAGAACAAGAGUCAGUCUAUGUUUUUUAUUCUGCUCUUGUCAAAUACCUGUAUCAGGGGAAAAUAGAUGCUCAGACUGUAGAGUCAUACAUAUCUGCUGAACAUUCUCUGAAGAAAGCGAACACGACUAACGUAGAUCAAGGAAUAGACCAAAAUAUAUUUGAACCCACUUACCAUGAAGGAAGUCUAAAUAAUAAUCAGUUGAUGAUCCCAACAACUAACCUUGCAAUACAUUUACCUUCAGAUGUCGCUCAUGCAUAUGACCUAAUCCUUCAGCGUCUCAUGAGCAUCCGAUCAAUUGAUUCCAAGACUUGGUUCCACAACGCCAUUUAUAGAAUUGCUUGGAUGUAUUUUUAUGUUUACCGCCAUCCUGAAAAAGCAAAAAAUGAACUAACCAAACUAUUCACACUUAACAAGACAGUUAAGAAUCAUAUUGUUGUUUGGGAACAAGGAUCUUUAGAACUACCUGGAAAAAGAUACACACAUGUAGAUAAAUAUACACACUUUUUCAUAAAAAUCUCAAAAGAAGUCAACGACCAACAGACGCUAAAGAAUCUGUACCGCAAACUCCGUCGUGGACAAGGAUUCAUCAUUAAUGCUAAAAAGAUAUUCCGAGAAGCUUACUCUUCUUACCUACAGAUGAUUCAAUUUCAACUCAACAACACAUACAAUGCUCAGCAUACAAUAAGAGCAAUUCAGUCUUCUCGAAUACAAGCUGUUAGAUUUGAAGCAAUGUGCAGUACAUUCGUAAAGGCAUUCAAUGAAAAUAAAUCUCAAACAAAUGCAGAGCUUCAUGGUUUUCUACAAGAUCUAUCGGAGUUAAAGCGUUUGACACACGGAUACAUUGCAAAUAUUGAUGUUACUCAAGAUGGUCUUGAUGAUACUAUUCAGCUUUGUUUUGCUGUAGUUGCAUUUGGUGAUAUUUACAAAUUACAGGAAAUCCAAGAUGCUGUUGCUGUUGAGGGUGAAAGUAUGGAAAACCAUCAUGAAAAGCUCAUGAACAUAUUAUCCACGCAAGCAAAAGUUCUGAUGCAAAAUACAGUUGUUGCCACACGUUAAACUCUCUCUUUUGAAAGAAUAAAUUUCUUUUCUAACGUCAGGAGUCGUCUCUAAAAGCGCAAUGAUUACAUUAAACAAAACAUAACCACCUUAAGGAGCCUCUGAUGAUUUUUCAAGUAUUCUAUGCUGAAUGCUUUCUUUUUUAGGCUUUAUGGGACUCUUUUUUGUCUAUGCUGACAGUUGAUCAUCAUCUGCUAAUGGCUUGAUUCUAUUUUCCAUUCAGAAAUUU